AUGUAUCGUCGCGAUCCUAUACUUUCGUCUUCACCACCGCCAGUCGCAACGCGCGCUUCUUCGCAAAGCGACGACGAGCGAGACACCUACGUCACGCAGCCUACGCAAAUCCUCGGGGAGCGCUCGCCCUUCUUUGCGGCGCCGUCUGAUGCCACGCAACCCACACUCAUAGUCACACCGCGCGCUCAUCCAGUCCAGCCCGCAGCUUCCUCGUCGCAAUUACAAGUCCCGCGUUCCUCGCCCGCCCCGCAGCGUUCCUCGCCGCCUGUCAUGUCGCCUUCGCAAUCGCAACGUCCAUAUGGCGGUUAUAGCAACCCAAUGGCACCCCCUGGUACAGGCUUCUUCCCCCCACAAGCGGUUCGCAAGCCAGUCGUUGAUCUUACCUCGGACGAUCCGCCUGUCGAGCGCGACCCGGACGAGGACGAGUCGGAGUACAGGUCUAACAUACCAUUGUCCAAGAUUGAGAUGUCUAUGACAUCGAGGAUCGAGGAGACACCACAGAAGCCGACUUGGGAUCUGUCGAGUUACAAGUACGGCAACGACCAGUCACGCAAACGGUCAGCAGAACAGUAUGGUUCGAGUACACCACCCAAAAGACAGAAACCUAUGCAGCCCCAAGGCGGCCCUUCACGCGCUAUACCUAUAGACCUGACGGAAGACAAAGAAAUGACCAUGGAAGAUAUUCAUGACAUCAGCAUGUACGCGAAGGUCAAUCGACUGAGAGCUAUAUAUCCGAAUCGCUCUGUCAAACAGCUACACGACGCCUUGACUAAGAGAAAGGGCAACUUCAAUGAUGCUUCCGAGUAUCUGGCGGAGCAAGAGUCGGAGGAUGAGCUGCUUCGGUCUUCCCCUCAACCAGGCGUGGCCCGUAAAAGCUCAGCGCCAGUCGUGAAGAAGACGGCACAGCGCGGGUUGAAGCAACCUGUGCAGUCAUUGCAGAACAAGUACUCGAAAUUGGGCGCGACUCAGAACAGCCCGGUCAAGAUCGACAGUCCCGAGAAGGAGCCACCGAAACAGAAACGUAGACUCAAGAGCGGAAAGGAUCGCAAAAAGGCCGUAUUCUCGCCUUCACCCGAGCCCAUACCCCAACGACCGCAACAGCAACCGAAGAAGGAAGCGCCGAUCGUUGUCUCUUCCGACGAGGACGAGGGUAUUGCUGCCGAUCUCGUUGUCGACGACGACUCGGAAGCAGGUGGCUCAGUGGCAGAGAACAAUUUUGAUGAAAGUGCCUUGUUGAACUUCUUCAAUACCUGUACUGUGGAGGCCAUGGUCGACUUGUCAAGUCACAAAGAAGAGGAUGUCAAGGAGAUUUUCAAGCAGCGUCCGUUCGCUUCUCUUGACGCUGUUCGUAAAGUCCAUGUAGAUCUUACGCCAGUAGAAAAAGGCAAGAAGAAGGCGCGCAAGCCACGCAUAACAACUGGACAACGGCUUGUGGAAUCUACCGAGGGCAUGUGGAAUGCAUACUCCACAAUUGACUCGGUUGUUCAGCAGUGCGAAGCCCUGGGCAAGCCGAUGGUCGCAGGCAUGGCUCGGUGGGGCAUUGAUAUCUUUGGCGCUUCUACGGAGGAUGGAGUCGAGUUGACGAGUCUGGACGAUAGUAGCGAUACGAACUCUUCUCGCGACUCGGGUUACCAUACCCCCCGGAGUGCCAACGGCAGCGAUACGGAGUCUAAGAGUAUACGGAAGGCCGUCAGUCGCUCGAAGCUCUUGACACAACCGGCAAACAUGAACGACGACAUCGAACUCAAAGAUUAUCAGGUCGUAGGCCUCAACUGGCUGAACCUCCUAUGGAAGACCAAAACUUCAGGCAUUCUGGCCGACGAUAUGGGUCUGGGAAAGACUUGCCAGAUUAUUGCUUUUCUGUCACAUCUUAAAGAGCAAGACGAGGGGAGGCCUGCGCUUAUAGUUGUGCCUGGAUCGACACUGGAGAAUUGGUGUCGUGAGUUUGAACGUUUUUCCAAGACGAUCAACUUUACGCCGUACUAUGGAUCACAGGCGGAGCGGUUCUCGCAUCAAGAAAGCAUCCUUCACAACAUCAAGCAAAGAACGUGCGAUGUAAUCAUUACGACGUACGAUCUUACCUUCAGGAAGGAGGACCUAGCCUUCCUUAGGAAGUGCAGACCCGAGAUUUGUAUCUUUGACGAAGGGCACAUGCUUAAGAACGCCAACACAAUUCGGUACAAGAGUUUGAUGAAGAUUCAGGCAACUUGCAGGAUCUUGUUGACAGGAACUCCGCUUCAAAACAGUCUUCAGGAGCUCAUGUCAAUCCUGGGUUUCCUGAUGCCGCAGGUGUUUUAUGGCGAUCAGCAGGAGGAGGUUCAGGAGAUGUUGCAGAUUUUAUUCAAGCACAAGGCCAAGACUAUGGAAAGCGAUUCACAUAGCUCUUUGCUUUCUGCGCAGCGUAUCCAACGCGCUCGUACGAUGCUGACGCCUUUUAUUCUCCGAAGAAAGAAGGCUCAGGUGCUCAAGCAUCUACCGAAGAAGACCUCCCGUGUCGAGUACUGUGAUCUUACCGGUACACAGAGGACGCUCUACAAUGAGCAGUUGACCAAGCAGCGCAAGAUUCUUGAAGACCGAGCGGCAGGCAUACCCGUCAAAGACCACGCCAACGUCAUGAUGAAGCUCCGGCAAGCAGCCAUCCACCCCUUACUCUUCCGUCACCGGUACAACGACGAAAAGAUCCGAAAGAUGUCCAAAGCUUGUCUCAAGGAAGAAAUGUUCGCCGAAAGCAAUCCAGACAUCAUCUACGAAGAACUCGAGCUGUACCAAGACUACCAAUGCCACCAACUCGCCUCCAAGUACCGCGCGCUUAAGAAAUUUGAGCUCAAAGACCACGAAUGGAUGGACUCUGGCAAAGUAUCUGCACUUCUCGCCUUGCUCAAGAAGUACAAAGAAAACGGCGACCGCGCACUAGUCUUCUCGCAAUUCACAUCUGUCAUGGAUAUCCUCGGCUGGGUCUUUGAUGACCACGACAUCAACUUUAUGCGCAUGGAUGGCUCCACCCCGAUUCAAGAACGCCAGUCUCUCAUGGACGUCUUCUACCAAGACGAAUCUAUUCAACUCUUCAUGAUCAGCACGAAGAGUGGUGGUGCAGGUAUCAAUCUUGCCUGCGCGAACAAAGUCAUCAUCUUCGACUCGAGUUUCAAUCCUCAGGACGAUAUUCAGGCGGAGAAUCGUGCGCAUCGUGUGGGUCAGACGAGAGAAGUUGAGGUGGUUAGAUUGGUCACCAAGGGCACGGUCGAGGAGCAGAUUUACGCGCUUGGUGUGAGUAAGCUGGAGUUGGAUAAGAUGGUUCAGGGUGAAGAUGCAGACGAGGGGCCCAAGGGCAAAGGGAAGAAGAAGGAUGAUGCGGGGGCUGCAGCCGGCGGGUUGAGUAAAGCUGAGGAAGCGGGUAUCGAGGCUGUGGAGAAGAUGAUGAUGGCGCAGCUCAAUGCGCCGCCGGCUGGAGAUGAAGACAAGGGAGAUGAGGGUGCAAAUGUUGAGGGGGAUGUUAAAGAGCAAUUUUUGCAUGGCUUGAAGAAGGCGGGUUUGGAUGUCGCUGCUUAA